CGCGUGAGCGAAGGGUGUAGAACCGAAGCACAGCGGCAAUAAAAUCCAUAACAAAACAAACAAGCGAUUCACAAGUUGUUUGUUAAAUGGGGUCUAAUAAUUUUGUUGUAUGUUAAACUCAUUUUGUAAUUUGAACGCUGCCGACGAGUAAACAACGUGUGUUCUGUCGCUCGGAUGUGUUAUACCAGUGGUGGAUAUCCUGAACGUGGACGAUGACGGCACUGCAAGGUGACCGGACGGUAGUGUGAAACGGUGUUAUCGAACGGACGUAUCGCACAGCGCUGAGAAGCAAGCUGACUGGGAUUUAGUUUAGCAGAAGCGUUUGAACACAAGUGUCGAGACACAAAAGGAUGGCGAUUACGAGAGAUUGUGCAGUGGUAGUGAUUGCAAUUAUCUGAAGUGGCUCGAUGCGGUCGAAGAUAGUCGAGUGCAAGAGUACAUCAAUGAAGUUAUGAGUGAUUAGUUUCAAGUGAUAUUUAAAAAUCUAUUUUAAUUGAGAUUGAUUGACACAAAAGUUGAAUUGUAUUGUGUUGAGGUUUCGUAUUGAUUGCGGUUACAAUAAUGUCUUCCCCCGAUUUGGAUAUCGAUGUUAAUGUGGUGUCCAGCCCGGAGCCGAGCCCACGUGGAGCCGUAGACAGCCCUCGUGGUUUGCACAGCGAUGAUGAGCAAAUAUCCUCGCCGGACAGCUCUCAUCCGCACCUUAGCCACCUGCACCACCCGGCCCUAUCUAGUCACCUGCAGCACAGUGCAACUAGUCAACACAACUAUCAUAGCAUAGCCAGUGGCUUAAGUAAUAACAACAAUAGUUUCUCGCAUAGUCCCGAAUCUCGGCUGAGUCCACCGAAAACGCCACCGUCGACGGAUGGACACUCGCAGCCGGGUGGUGGUGGGCAGGUCACUCUUGGGAAAACCGGAGCUACGCCUGGAUAUACUAGUUUUUCAAUUUCGAGCAUCCUCAGUCGGAAUGAGCCAAGUUCGAAGAAAGGAGUGAUAGCACCUAUUGCGUCGCUUCCGUUGUCCGCCGCGGCAGCAGCAGCGGCGGCGGUUGCGUCAUCGAAUGGGAACGGAAGUAUCAACGGUGCCACCAGCCCGCAGGAUGUCACAAUGCUAUCGAGGUUAGGAAUCAUGUCACACUGGAGCGCGAUAGCGAAUCGUUAUGCGGCGGUUUUUCCACCCGGAUGGCCCUGGCCCCCGGCCUCCCAUCGGAUGCCAUUUCACAGCCCGACCAACGAUAAUGUAGGCAGCAUACUGGAAAACCAAUCUCCAUCGCUGACGCCGCCCCCAUCGCACCAAUCCAAGACACCGCCACCGCAUCCGGCGUUCAUGGGGAACGCGGGCAGAACGGUCGGUGGUGGUGGCAUCGGAGGAAGUGUCAUCAGCACACACGGUACCGCCGGUGGCGCUCACAACGGGCUCGGUUCCGGCGGAAGCAGCCUCGGUGGUGGCAGCGGCAGCACCGGCGGCGAUGAUUGCGAAUCCGAUGACGACGGGCAGGAGAUUAUCGAGGAGGACGACGAUGGCAGCGACCGGCCGUCGGAUUCGGCUUCGCCCAAUUCGAACGGCGCGAUGCAGUCCAAGCGGAAAAAGAAAACCCGAACCGUGUUUUCGAGGGCGCAGGUUUUCCAGCUGGAGUCAACGUUUGAUUUGAAAAGGUACCUCAGCUCGUCGGAGCGCGCCGGUCUGGCAGCAUCCCUUCGGCUCACCGAGACGCAGGUGAAAAUCUGGUUCCAGAACCGUCGCAACAAAUGGAAGCGGCAACUCGCGGCCGAACUGGAGGCAGCCAAUAUGGCGAACAUGGCGCAUGCGGCCCAACGACUGGUUCGCGUGCCCGUCCUGUACCACGAGGGGGCCGCCGGUGGGUUUGUUCCACCUCCUCCGCAUCCCCACUCCCAGCAGCUGUACUACACGGCGGCGGCGGCGCGUGGCGGCAGCCCACCCCGGCCACCGCUCUCGUCCUUGGUGUAAUAUUGCGUUUCGAACAUCGGUACUACAACUGUCGUCGGCAGCGGCAAUUGUGCUGGUGGUAGUGGCGAUGGUGGCACUUGUACCGGCAGCAGCCAGAACUAGUACCAAUCUGUGGAAUGGAGUAAUAGGGAAUCCCCUGAUAGGAACCAACAACUUCAGAGUUGAAUCGCUUUGUGAAGCAAUUUUAACGUAAUACAGAGAAUUCCAAAUAGAGCAGAGAAAUAUGGUUUUAACCUUAGUAGAAGCAGAGGCAAAAGCGAUCUCCAGAGAAUAUACAGUAAAUGUGUAAAUAGUGUGCAGGCGCAAAAUAAGUUUUAUAGAGAGUCGUAUCCAGGCGAUGAAAUCAUUUGGACAACAGAAAUAUUUUAAAGUUAGAACCGCAAUGAAGAAUGACUGCAAUAAAUCACGCUCCUCGUGUAAGAAAUAUUUGAGAUAAAAAUAAACUUUGGUUGGAAAUAAAUUUGAAAAAGGGCAUUGUCAACACCAGAGCAGUUUUCCAAAACAUGCUGAUUGAAUUUGAUCUUCAACUUUCGAUGGUUCAUUAUUUAUUUAAAAUGAAAUCCAGAUUGUCGGUAACACGUUUAGUUUGGUGAUUAUAUUUCAGUUGCUUUUUCCGGUAUAUCUACCUUGAAUUUCGAGAGACGCAUGAGAAAUUCAAUAUUUCCAAUUGAAAUGAAUUCCAAUCGAAAAGAAUUGAAUAAGCUUCCAAAACUAAGUUUGCUUCCAUAUGUUAAUUUCAUAAAAACUGAACGUGUUAAAACAAAUCUGUAGAAAAACGCCAUUUGAAUUGUUGAAAUUAGGUAAAAUUGAUUUAUUACCCGUGGUUUACGAUUCCAAAGCUACAACAAAAUUCCAACCAAAAGAGGAGUGUAAAUAUCGAGUUUUAUAAAGUUCCCAUGUAUCUGACUCCGUAAAUAUGUAUUUUAAAUAGCCCUAGAAAACAAAAGUUAAUGAUAGAAAAAAAAUAAUCGCUUUACUUGUGUAGACUAUUUCAAAAACUAAACAAAUCUUCUAACCGAAAAUAAAUACAAACUAUUACGCCUGGUUUAGCCCCAAUAUUUUCUGUUCAGUAGCCGAUUAUUACGACUCGUUUCCGACAUUCCAGUUGUACAGUGUGUAUAAAGUAUCGUUUUAAGGCCUUAGUUCACAGAUAUGUUUGUAUAUUUAUUACAAAACGUACAGUACAGAUAAGUAGACUAAUAUGAAGAAUGACUUUAAUAGCGUUUAACAAGGAACAUCACCUAAAAUGGAUCCUAGAAGUGCAUUGCGUCAUACAAGGCGGCUUGAGUGCCACCGACUACUGCAUCUCGAUUGAAAUACCUAAUGACAUAUGCGAAAUAUAAUAUUCACACAAUUGUUAUAUAAAA